GUAGAAAGCGGUGUAAGCCAUGUGAGUGGUCGCACUAUUAGGUAUUGCUUAAAUGUGGACGGAUAUUGGUAUUUGCAAACGCGAAAAAAAAGCCUUCUCCACGCCAAAGAUCUAAAAUCAAGGAUAAAGUUUUGCAAGAAAAUUAGAAAGCAAAAAUUGGGUGACGAGUUCUGGAGGACAGGGGUAUCAUUUUAUUUGGGUGGAAAGGGAUUCCAGUACAAAAGUGGUUACCCUUAUGACCAAGCACAUGCACCUGGAGCUCGAGAGUGGAGAAAACGGGGAGAAGGCUUGAAGUUCAUUUGCAACCCCCAGGAAAAAAGGAAGGUGGUAUCACCGUGA